UAUAUGUCUAACUCUCUAAAUCUUCGACUUCUCUGAAAAGAAGAGAGCUCGAUGAUCGAAGAGACGAAACUCUCUUUAGAUCGUGUGAUCUGAUCCGAGGAGAAGCUCAGGAAGAAGAUGGGAAUCGUGUUCACGAAGCUGUUUUCCUCCGUAUUUGGGAACAAAGAAGCUCGUAUCCUCGUCCUCGGUCUCGACAAUGCCGGAAAAACCACCAUCCUCUAUCGGCUUCAGAUGGGAGAGGUCGUCUCCACGAUCCCGACUAUUGGAUUUAACGUGGAGACUGUGCAGUACAACAAUAUCAAGUUUCAGGUCUGGGAUUUAGGUGGACAAACGAGUAUCAGGCCGUAUUGGAGAUGCUAUUUUCCAAAUACACAGGCAGUGAUUUAUGUUGUUGAUUCGAGUGAUACUGAUAGAAUUGGAGUGGCCAAAGAAGAGUUCCAUGCAAUUUUGGAGCUAACUCGUCCUUGGUUGAUCUGGACCUUCUUACAGGAAGAGGAAUUGAAAGGUGCCAUGGUUCUUAUAUUUGCAAACAAGCAGGAUCUGCCAGGCGCUCUUGACGAUGCGGCUGUGACAGAGGCUUUGGAGUUGCACAAGAUAAAGAGUCGUCAAUGGGCAAUCUUCAAAACUUGUGCUGUGAAAGGUGAAGGACUUUUCGAAGGCCUAGACUGGUUGAGUAAUACCCUCAAAUCAGGGACGGGUUAACCUCAUCACUCACCACAAAGCAGCAGCGUGCGUGUAUCAUCUUUUCUACUGUUAGCUUUGCAUUCUUCGACAAAGAGUUGAUAGCUUAUCGGUUAUUCACCUCUUAUGUUUUUGUCCGAAGAAGAUGGGACUUGUGGAGUUGUUGUUGUGACAUUUAAGACGGCAUUUUUAACAUGAAAUUUAACAUAUAAAGAUUACCAAUAACGUUUGCUUCA